CCCUGUGCAAUACACACUCCUGAGCCCUGCACAAUACACACUCCAGAGCCCUGCACAAUAAACACUUCUGAGCCCUGCAUAAUACACACACUUGAGCCCAGCACGAUACACACUCCUGAGCCCUGCACCAUACACACUCCUGAGCCCUGCACGAUACAUACUCCUGAGCACUGUACGAUAAACAUUCCUGAGCCCUGCAUGAUACACACUCCUGAGCCCUGCACCAUACACACUCCUGAGCCCUGCACCAUUCACACUCCUGAGCCCUGCACGAUACACACUCCUGAGCCCUGCACGAUAAACAUUCCUGAGCCCUGCAUGAUACACACUCCUGAGCCCUGCACCAUACACACUCCUGAGCCCUGCACCAUUCACACUCCUGAGCCCUGCACGAUACACACUCCUGAGCCCUGCACGAUAAACACUCCUGAGCCCUGCACGAUAAACAUUCCUGAGCCCUGCAUGAUACACACUCCUGAGCCCUGCAAAAUAAACACUCCUGAGCCCUGCAUGAUACAUAGUCUGUAG